UCAUCAUAUUUAUUGACGUGGCAUCCUGAUCAGUGAAAAUUGUCACGCACAGUCAGCAAACAUUUUUGACCGUUAAUGAUUUAAUGGUUUCCACCCAAAAAUGAUCUAUUUGAAUAAAUUUACAAAAGAAAGGGUGUAAUCGAAGAACAAUUAGGGUGAAAUUAAAAAGAAAAGAGAACAUUGAGGAUAAAAUUUGCAAUUAAGCCGAAAAAAAGUAUCAAGCAUUUAAGGCAAAGCCCAAUUUGUGCCCAUUGCGUUGCUUCUCUCCCAACGCAAAAUGAAACAGAUAGUAACAUAUUUCUAUCACUGACCCGUUUCAAUUUUAUUGGAUGAAAUCCCAAUGGAUUUUCACAUCACUAAUUCCCCAUAUUCCUUCAUGUUUCUCUUCUAUCCUCUUCCCAUUCAAAACCCCAAAACUCUACCAAUUCCCAUCUUCAAAUCUCCCCAAACUUGUUCUCAACCAUUUGGACUUAAGCCUCCUUUUAUCCCUUUCUGGGAAACAAGGAUUCUUCCUUCUGGGUUCCUCUAUCCACGCUUCCUUCAUCAAAAACCCUGAAAAUAUUUACCCAAUUGAAGAUUUUAAGGAUUCCAAUAAUGCUCUUGUUGUUUGGAAUUCUCUCCUCGGAAUGUACUCAAGAUGUGGCACUUUAACUGAUUUGACCAAGCUGUUUGAUGAAAUGCCAAUGAGAGAUACCAUUUCGUGGAACACGAUGGUGUCUGGGUUUUUAAGGAAUGGGAAGUUUGAUGAGGGCUUCGCAUACUUCAAACAGAUGGGAAAAUCUGGUAUUUGUUGGUUUGAUCAAGCGACUUUGACUACUAUUUUAUCAGCUUGCGACAGAGUAGAGUUUUAUCAUGUCGUUAAGAUGAUGCAUGGAUUAGUAUUUUCGAACGGAUAUGAAAAAGAAAUUAGUGUAGGGAAUUCUUUGAUUACUUCAUAUUUUAGAUGUGGAUGUUUGAGUUCGGGGAGGCAGGUUUUUGAUGAGAUGUUUGAAAGGAAUGUUAUUACUUGGACAGCUAUGAUCUCCAGCUUGGUGCAAAAUGAACUGUAUGAAGAAAGCUUGGAAUUGUUUAACCAAAUGCGUUCGGGGCCUGUGUGUCCAAAUUCUUUAACUUAUUUAAGCUCAUUGGUGGCAUGUUCUGGUUUGCAAGCACUAACGGGAGGGCGUCAAAUUCAUAGUCUUUUAUGGAAGUUAGGGAUCCAGUCCGAAGUCUGCAUCGAGAGUUCACUAAUGGACAUGUAUUCUAAAUGUGGGCAAGUGAAUGAUGCAUGGAAAAUUUUUCAAUCUGCACAAGAUCUUGAUGAGGUUUCGAUGACGGUAAUCCUUAUGGGUUUGGCACAAAAUGGGUUCGAGGAAGAAGCUAAAAGGUUUUUUAUGAAAUUGUUCGAGUCAGGUAUUGAAAUUGACCCUAAUAUGUUGUCAGCAGUUUUAGGGGUAUUCAUUGAGGAUACUUCAUUGAGUUUGGGUAAGCAGAUUCAUUCAUUAAGCAUUAAAAGAAAUUUUGGUUUCAACUCUUAUGUUAAUAAUGGGCUCAUCAACAUGUAUUCCAAAUGUGGAGAUUUAGAGGAGUCAGCCAAAGUCUUCAGUCGAAUGUCUCAAAGGAACUCAAUUUCGUGGAACUCUAUGAUUGCAGCUUUUGCUCGUCAUGGGGAUGGCUGUAGAGCACUACAAUUAUACGAGGAAAUGAGAUCAGAUGGAAUAGCACCAACCGACAUUACAUUCCUCUCUUUGCUUCAUGCUUGUAGCCAUGUGGGCUUAGUCGAAAAGGGUAUGGAACUCUUGAAGUCGAUGACUGAUGUUUAUGGAAUUAUUCCCAGGGCAGAACACUAUGCUUGUGUUGUUGACAUGUUAGGCCGGGCAGGGCUCCUCAAUGAAGCUAAGACAUUCAUUGAGGGAUUGCCUGUUAAAGCUGACAUGCUUGUUUGGCAAGCAUUGCUUGGUGCCUGUAGCAUUCGUGGUGAUUCUGAAAUAGGGAAAUAUGCAGCUAAUCAGCUGAUUUUGGAAACACCUGAAAGCCCAGUGCCAUAUGUAUCAAUGGCAAACAUAUAUUCUUCUCGAGGAAAGUGGAAAGAACGAGCAAGGACCAUUAAGAGAAUGAAGGAAAUUGGGGUGUCGAAAGAAAUUGGUAUAAGUUGGAUAGAGAUUGAAAAGAAAGUCCACAGCUUUGUUGUGCAAGAUAGAAUGCAUCCACAAGCAGAGCUUAUGUAUGGGAUUCUGGAAGAGCUAUUGGAACUCAUGUUGGAAGAAGGCUAUGUGCCAGGCAAUGUUACUCCGACUGAGUGUCAAACAUAGGUAUAUGUCUGACACGAUAUAUUCAAAAUUUCCAAGAUUUAUAUAUAUUUGGAGGGAACUUGGAGGAUAUGUCCAAAUAUGCAUUGGAUAUAGGUGCCGGACAUGGGUACUUCAAGAGAAAUGAAGAGUCGGAGCAACUCAGGUUCCAGGUAAGAUGUUUAUUCUCAGUUGUUUUCCCUUAAUAGAGAAACCUGUUGAAUGCCAUAUGUUCUGAACUUUUUGGAUGUUUUAUCUUCAAUUUGGUCUUGAAAAACUCAUGAGUAUACCUUUAUUGUUUUAAUAGAAAAGAAAGCUUUAAAAUGAUUGUUAGUGAA